GUUUCCGUUAUUUAUGUGUGUAUAUAUAUAUAUAUAUAGGGUUUUAUUGUAAAAUUUCGUUUUCUUCCCUGAUAUCGGAUUGCGACGGGUAGAACCCGUCGCCAUUGCUGAUUGGUCAGCGACUGACAUCACGUCACACUCAAUGGCGGGGGAUAUAAAUAUUUGGACUCCCGUCCAGAAAGGAACUUUUUCGUUUUUCCUUCGGCCCUGACUGAUUGUAAGAUAAGAAUAGACUAUGUGGUGCAAGGACAAAGAAGAAAGAAAACGACACGUGUGGACUUUCAAUUAAAGAGUGAACGGAAUCCGAAUCCAUCGUUGAGGAUACACCAAUGGUCCAAGAAAUAAGUAGAAAUACUAAUACAGGAAACAACAAGGAACACCCCAAGACUAUUAUUUUUUUGAGACGAGAAAUAAAGAGAGAACAAAAAGCAUGGGCAUCCUCAUCCAGCCAUCCCCAUGUUGUGACUUUAUUAGCUUACUUUAAAACCAAUACGAGUUUCUGUUUCGUCUCCGACUAUGUGGACGGACAAGAUAUAACGAAUUAUUUACAAUGUAAUGGACCCUUCCGAGAAACUCAAGCUAAAAUAAUUGCUUCUCAAGUGGCUUCAGCCAUCAUGUUUAUUCACAAUAAAGGAAUAAUUCAUAGAGACAUAAACUCUAAUAGCAUCAUGCUCGAUAACACCAAAGGAGCACAGUUAAUCAAUUUCGGUCUGUGCACAUUUGAACGUAACCCGAAUGAAUUUUGCGGGGCUUUGUUCUAUCUUUGUCCGGAAAUCCUUGAGGGAAAGCCUUAUGGAACAACAAGUCCAAAGACAUUACGAAGAAUGGAAAAAGGAAAUGAAAAAAUAUAUCGUAUACAGUGUUGUGACCAUUGUAACCUUAUCCGCAACAUUUCUUGGAGUUAAUAACUUUUCAUCAGCAGACAGAAUAAGAGCAAUCUUGAUGCCUUUUUAUAAUAUGUCGUUUUGGCUAAUGCUAAAUUUAAAUUACUAAAUUAAUGAUAUUAUUAAAAAUUAUUGAAAAUUAUUAACAGCUACGAAUUUAAUGGCUGCAUUCACGAAUUUUAAGUUCGGUGUUUGGAACUAAUUCUACUUAAUCCACGUAGGAUUAAUGCCGAACUGUAAAGUCAAUUUUAAUAAACACUGUUUAUAAAAAUUAAGCUAAUACAAUACGUAUUACUCUUACUUUGUAUAUGAGUUUUGUGAGCCUGUUCAGUAUUAAUAAAUACAUGUUUAUCAAUACUUAAAACGAAUCAAAAAUUAUAUUCAAGAUGUCGUAUAUGUUAUAUAUUUUUUCAUACUGUAGCUAAUAUAAAGAAAUAAUAAAAGUGUUGUCAUCGAAAGGAAAAUUUCUGUAACUUAGACGUGGCUCAGUAUCCAUUUAAUAAUAACUACAUGUUUACUAAUUUAGCAUUUAACGUCAAAAGAUUUUUUAUACAACUGAGAUUAAAUAUAAAUUGGAUAAUUGUUAAUAAUAAAUUUAUCGAAUUUUCACAAUCUAGCUGCCCAAGAUAUAAAAAUACACUAAGUUUCAUAUAUUCUGUGAUUGUAAGGAAACAAAAAAAUUAAUUCAAAAAACUGAUAUGUACAGUACAUAUUAUCAGGUUGUCCUAAUGAAAGAGCUAUGUAUGAAGUGUUUGAUAGAGCAAAAAUAGAUACAAUCUGUAAGUUAUAUAAUCAUGCACAGGAAUUUUUAAAAAAUGAAAAUAUUUAAAAACUGAAGUAAAUAAAAUAUGUAUAAUGAGGUAUAAUUUAUGUCCUAGAAAAAACUACUAAACAAUAACAUAAUGUUCCAAAAA